UUCUCACGCUGGCUUCGAUAAGCCGCCAACCACGCAACCUCGUAUGGGCUGAACUGACAGAUCAACCUCAGCCCUGGUAGUUCUUUUGCUUCAUUUCUCCCUUUCUCGUUUUCUUUCUGUCUCUCUCUCACUUCUUUGCUGCCUCACAGUCGUUGAUCAUCAUCGCUUUCAUCAUCCUCACUCCUACGUAGCUACUCUCAUCACGACGGCCACCUCCCACUCGCUUGAUUGCCUGUUUCACAGUGCUACACACCCGAGUCCUUCACUUCUGGGCCGGCUAGGUCUUCACCACUUUCGCAAUCGUGGCCUGCGUUAGGCUCUGCAGUUAGAUUCCGUCCUAUUGAUACAUUUGCCAACCUUAUCUGCCGGUGUCGGAUCAAUUCAGCGUUUCUGACCCAAGCAGCGGGCUUGUACGACGAUAUAGAAUCUCCCAGAGUUCGCACAGUACGCAUUUGAAACGGCCACCUAUCCUUUCUAUUCACUUUCUCCGUCGACGAGAUAAUUUCAAUUUUCAUCAUGCGAGGGUUUGCAGAUUCGUUCUGGACACCCGACUAUGCCAGCGGGCUGGGUGUCCUGAUAUCCAAGUUGCAGCAGGGCAUAGUGGAAAAUCAACAAAUCCUUACUAUUGCCAACAUGCGAGCUGCUGCAGAGGAACAAUACAGUUUAAAGCUUGGCGAAAUAGCCCCCGCAAUCGAUCGCAUGACGAAUGGUUUUGCAAGAGACGAUGGUGCCAGCGUCCGAAAGGCCUACGAGGGAAUCCGCAGCGAAAUGAUAGAAGCAACAAAAAACCACCAGAAAAUCGCAGACAGUAUCCGUGAACUCGUUGUCAAUCCGUUUGGUCGCUGGGCCGACCAGCAUGAACUUCGAAUCCUCAAUAGCCAAGAAGAGCUCCAGAUCAGGAUUAAGGAGCACUAUAAGCAGGCAGAGACGGUGAAGAAAUUAAGGACCCAAUACUUUAACAAAUGUCGCCUUGUCGAGGACUUGGAAGAGGAGAACAAAUUGGCUUUCCAAAGCCCCGAGAAGGAGAGCGCCAGCAGCCCCAAAGCAGCGCCUCCCCCACCAACCAUCGUACUUCCUGAUUCUUCAGAAGACAUUGAACCAGUGGAACUGGGGGAUAAAAUUUUUCCACCAGAGGAGCUAAAGAAAUUGUUGACCCAUAUGUUGGAAUCUAUUAAACUUGGAGAAGUCAAGUUUCCAAUUUUAGGUACCUAUCAAAAUACAUCUACUGGUGCAGACAUUGUGGAGUUUAUUCAGAGGGACAUGGGUGCUUCGACUGUCAGCUAUGCAGAAAGAAUCGGGCAGGACCUGGUGGACGCUGGUCUCUUGCGCCUUGUUGGAAACGUGGGCAGUACCUUUGCCAACAGCUCGCGAAUGAAUUACCAGUGGCGUUCGAAAGCUUUCCAAAUUUCAGGGAUUCCCGAGAAAAAGAAGCAACUGCUUCGGGUAAUGUCGAUGGGGUCUGGCGGGGACGAAGUUGCGGACUCUCCUACCGCGGCUGCCGUUGCUGAUUUAUUCUCUCAAUGGAACCCACUUAGUAACUCAAACCCUAAUGAGACUCCUGCGGAGAAACUCCGGCGCGAAGCCCGGGAGGCCGACGAGCGAUACAAAUCCGCAGUGAAAAAACUCGACCGCCUACGAUGCCAUCUCGAGGAAGAAAUGGUGGACUAUCUCCAGUUCAUGGAACGGUGUGAACUAGAUCGCUUGAAGGCUAUCAAAGCUGUUGUGUUAGAUUUCUCAGGGGCAAUUAGCAAUGUUGUUCCUUCUCUGCGCAGCACUGUCGACAAGAUGAUGCUAUAUCAGGAGACUAUCCAGCCCAAUGGAGACCUGAGAUAUUUGCUGGAAAACUAUCGUACUGGCGCAUUUGUGCCUCGUGUUCAGCCAUAUGAAAAUUAUUAUGGAAAUGUUGACGAACAAACUUUCGGUGUAGAUUUAGAAGCCAGGGCUCGGGCGGAUAGGAAGCGCGUUCCUAUCCUUAUUACCACUAUUUUGACCUACCUUGACAAUCACUAUCCUGAUCUCGAAGGAGAUGAGGCGCGCCGUGCUAUUUGGCUGCAUGAAGUUCCUCUCGUCGUCGCCCAUCAUUUACGCAAUGCUCUGAAUAAUGGAAAGCCAUUUACCCAUGAAAUUUUAGAAAAAUACGAGAUACCUGUGGUGGCCAAUGUUUUGAAAUUAUAUCUGCUGGAACUUCCAGAUUCUCUUGUCUCGUCCCAGGUUUACGAGAUUGUGAGGACAGUUUAUACCACCGCGAGUGAGGCUCCGGCAGAAGGCCGCGUCAAGGUUCUUCAAAGCACACUUGGACAGCUCCGCCUAAACAACAUUGCCACUCUUGACGCUAUCAUUACUCACUUUACUCGCCUUAUCGACCUCACAUCCGCGGACGAAGCUUACGUUACAGCCUUAGCGCAGAAUCUGGCCCCUUGUAUUCUCCGCCCACGGCUUGAGAAUAACCUCACCAUGGAUGAGCGACACAGCUACCGCCUCCUCCGCGACCUGUUCGACCACAAGGAUGAAAUUUUCGGCGAACUGAAGCGCCAAUCAAGCACUUUGGGCAACCUAGGAGCGCCAGGGCCCAGACCCCGCGCCAUCAGCACUGACGAAAGCAACCGGCGCGCAAACAUGGAGGCCCGCCAAAAAGCCAUCGUUGACCGCAGUCGUGCCAACAGUCCCGCCCCCACAAACCGACACCGACGCGAUAAAUCAAUCAGUGGAACCGAAUCAACCCGCUUCCCCAUCAACGUCAGCAGCCCUCCACCAUCUACCACGGGUCGAGCACCCCGUCAUAGCCUCGAGGUACCUGACUCAACCGGCUCGUCACCUGCCACAGACCGUACCGGCAAACCCGCAUUCACAUCCGCGACAAUCCGCGACUCCAUAACCACCAACGGCAGCGGCAGCAUGGUUGGCGGAGACCACACUGCGACUGACAGCAUUAGCUCGACCACCACCUUAUCCGACCCCAUCGCGCCAGCCAACACCGCCAACAACAGCAAUCACAUGGAGAAGAGCAAUUCCUUAUCCCGUUCGAGCGGGCGGUAUAGCCGCAUCACAGGUCUAAAGCGUGAUAGCAUGGCAGAGAGCGACAAGGAUGCAUCCGAGGCUCCGAAACCAGCUGGUGUGACAUUGCAGGAUGCGCCGAUGGAUGAUUAACGUUUUGAGACAUUGAGCGUGUGGGGCGGUGCGUGAGUGUGGGUAUGUGUGUGUUGUAUAGGGGGUAGUUAACGAAUUGAAAUGACCAGGGGGUUUCUAUCCUUCUUUUUGACGGUGCGUCCAUCGGAGGGAUAAAUUUGGGGGAGAAGUCUGGCCAUGAGUGGAUGGAUGCAUGAGUGCCGGCGAGCGAGUGCGGGUUUCUGUUCUUCUUGCUCUUAUUUCUUAGUGGUUGAUGGGUGAUAUUAAACUCGAGUUUGCUCUGCUAAUACCACGUACUUCGUUUCGAAGUGGAUCCCGAUGAUGAUUUCCUUUUCACAAGGAAUGUGUGUGUACUCUCUUUUCCCCUUUUGUCAUUAUCUGUUUUUGCUCUGAGUUGUCCCUCUCCUUUUUUGUCCUUGCGAGCUUCUUUGAUUUUCUUUCUGCCGUUUUACCAUCACAAUCAUGUUCGAAAUUUUCCCUCAAUAAGCCCCUUCCCGCUUUCAGUGUUAAGUCAUUCAAGAUCUUUAUUUCCUUUGUAUGAAUGCCAAGAGUCCCCCCCCCCGUCGAAUCUAUACCCAACUGCCUUUUCGUCAAAAAUUUAGGAGUUUCUAGUUCCUCAGUACAUAUAUCUUUUGUUCUACUUGUCCGUGUACUGUAUGAGUGAGAGAUUUGUCCAAAGUACGGUAUAUAU